UCAUUUCUGUGCAUUAUGGUUCAGUUAUGUUCCCUGACUAAAGGUACUGAGAUGUACCCUUGAGGGCUUCACCCCAGUGACAGUUUAUUACCUUAUUUCUGAGACUGUACUGACUAGCACUACUCUGUUGAAGGCUGCAGUGUUCAGCAGAUAGAGGUAAAUUACAGUGGUCUGGAGAUCAUGUCUUCUGUACACUCUUGGCGUGCUGCUUAUUUUGUAUUUUCUCAGCAGAACUGGACAGUACUGUGUGUUAUCUUUGGCCACUGGGCAGACUUUCCAUCUGCUGUAAACACCACAGACAGAGGAAGGAUGACGAACUCGUUCUCACGUUGCAUAAUCACUGUCAGGAGGAUGAUGAUGAUGAUGAUGAUGAUAAUUGUGUGUACUCGGGUUUCAUCACUUUGUGUCUCCAAGUUCCAGAGUGCCAGGUUUCGGGGAGAAGAGCUGCUUCAGUCAUGUGAGAAAUUAGCACAUGUUUACAUUGUUUUGCCUCAGAUUAUGCAGAUAGUAGCAGCGUGAGUGGGAGCAAGUCCGGGCCGCUCAGGGGUGGGAACAGGAAAGAGAGCGCUGUCUAAAAACACACUCUGACUGAUGAUGUCAGCACUGUUCCCAGACUGAAGCCGGUGUGAGUGGAGGCUGGAGAGGGCUUGCUGUGGUGGAGCUGGAGUGUCGUGUAUGUGCGAUGUGUGCUGUUUGGAGACUGUGAAGGACGAGUGCACACUCAGCCGGCCGCGCCACUCGUGGGACGUCCUGCCAGAGCUAAUGUGGGUCUGAAGUUUGAGAGAAGUGUAGAGGAGCCUGCUGCUGCUGCCAGAGGAGAGCCAUGAGCCUGGAGGGAACUUCUGGGUCACUGUGAAAUUUAGGAUAGAAGCAGCCCCUCCAUGUAUACAUGGAUCCAGUGCCUCUGAAGGCCUGAAGAGUCGGGUUUAAAGCAGGAGGCGGCUGUCCUUCAGCUCCAUGGCAGCCACAGCCAGCAGUACAGGCAUGUGUGCCCGGCCCGGCUGGGUAGCUUUCAGCAAUGAGCCGGAGCAGACAGAUGACCAUAGUGUUGUGCAGAUGGCUUCUUGUCCAGCGGACUCUUCUGCCUGGAAAGAGGCGCCCCCUGUGGCUGUGCAGCAGCGCAGCAGCUGGGUGCAGUUUGAUGAAAAGCCUUGGUCACCAUCUCCACCUCCACCGCAGGUAAAAGGUCCCAGACACAGAGUGUGCUCCUCGGCCAGUUUCUGGAGUGCAGUGCAGGAGUCUGAGGAGCACAGUUCAGUGAGUAUGGGAGCGUCCUCCAGUGACCUGCCCUCUCUCGCCACUGAGGAGCCACCCAGCCAGGACACCUCCCGCCCACAUUCACCCAAUUCGUCUGUUUGCCAAGAGGAUGAGGGAAUGAAUAUGGAUACACUGAACUGGACAGCCAACAAUUCGCACACAAACGGCCAACCGUACAUCAGCUCCAGCCGCUUUGCCAGCUGGGUAACCUUUGAUGAUGAUGAGAUGCCAGACAAGCAUGUUUCAAAACCAUCCAACAUCAAGCUCGACAACCUCAACAAUUCUCCGUUACAAGAUGCCAACAGCAACCUAAUUAUUUCACCCAUCCGGAACCAAGGGACAGACAGGCACAUCCUGGACUUAACACCAGAUAGUACCCACCCUGUGUUUGGCUUGGAUAGUCCGUUGUUGAACAGCAGCACUCCUUACACCAAGAAGAAUCCUUUCCUGGACGAGGAGUUCUCAAACGUGCAGCCUUCCCCUAUUAAUCCAUUCAGUGCCUACUUUAACAAGACUGAGCUGAAGUCGUCUGAAAGCAAUGGGUCAGAAAAUGCUUUCUCCUUCAGUCCCUCUGUUUUUGAGCCCCAGCCUGCUGAUAUCAAAAGGGAAUCCCUCCUGCUCUUCUCCUCUGAUAGUGACUCUGCUGGAGGGCAUGACCUUUACCCCUCAGGUCCUCCUGCAGAUGAUCUGGAUCAGUUCAGAAACAUGCAGAUCUCUGACCCGGACCAGGUAGGCAGUGCCACUUUACCCGAUGACUCUGUGGAUGCAGUGGACGAGGACGAAACUCCUCAUCAGCCGGCUCACAUGGCUCCGCAGAAUGGCUGGCCCAUGCUGCUGCGCAUCCCAGAGAAAAAGAACAUCAUGUCCUCUCGGCACUGGGGGCCCAUCUUCGUCAGGCUGAGUGAUGCUGGCCAGCUGCAGCUUUUCUAUGAGAAAGGCUUGGAGAAACCCUUCAAGGAGUUCCAGCUGAAUGCCCAACUUGAGCUGUCCGACCACAAGCUCCAGAACUAUGAAGAGAAUGGCCGUGUGCAUACCCUCAGCUUGGACCAGGUGGUGUACAAGGAGAAGCGCAAGAUCCAGCCCAAGGUGACCGUGGUUCACAUACCUGUGAAAGAGCAACUUGUAAAACUUGGGACCAUCGACUACCAGGACUUCCUGAGCUUCAGGUACGCGUUGCAGGAAAAGCUAGUGGGCCUAUCAGUGGACACAGGCUCUAUCGAUUCAUCUGUAUCCUACUCCGAGGAGGAGAUUCAGGUUGAAGUGGUAGAUAGUUUUUAUGGAGUUCUGUCUAAAGGGGACAACCGUAUUCUCGAGCAACUGGUGACGACCCAGGUCAACGUGCUUGCGUUCCUCACGGGCUCACCACUAUGUCGCAUUGGGCUCAACGACAUCCAGGUCAAAGGAAAAGAAGUGGUAUCCCGGCAUGACAUCAUUCCAAACACAACCACACGGUGGAUUCGUUUGCAAGAUUGUAGACUGCAUGAGUGCGCAGACCAGUCGGAAUUUGACGAUUCCAGGAUCAUUGCCUACGAUCCCCCGGCUGGACGGCGAUUUGAGCUGCUGCGUUUCCGGACAGCUUACGCGGAAAAGACGCUCCCCUUCACUCUGAGAACGGUUGUCAGUGUACGCGGUGCUGAGGUGGAGCUCCAGUCGUGGUUGGUGAUGUCGACAGGCUUCUCGUCCAAUAGAGACCCUCUCACGUUGAUACCAUGCGAAAAUGUGGCUGUCCGAUACCCCAUUCCAGAUAUAUGGGCCAAGAACUUCCGCAAGGAAAGCGUGACUGGAGAGAAGUCCCUCAAGGCACGCUUCAAUAAAGGAGCCAGCUUUGGUUCCACUAGCAGUUCCGGCUCAGAACCAGCUAUGAGGGUCACCCUGGGCACCGCUAAAUAUGAGCAGGCCUUCAAAUCUGUGGUGUGGAGGAUCAGCCGUCUGCCAGACAAAAACUCCGCGCUAGGCCACCCUCACACCUUUUUCUGCCGUCUGGAGCUGGGCUCUGACUGGGAGGUGCCGCGGAAGUUCCAGUGCCAGGUGGAGGUGGAGUUUGACAUGCCUGCUGCUUCUGCCUCAAAGGCAACGGUUCGUUCACUGUCUGUGGAAGGGAGGACUGAACUGAAGAAGUGGAUCACUUACAAAGCACACUAUUUCUACCAGGUGGGGAUAGAGCAAAAGAACGAGGGAAUGGUGGACAGUCGCGAGCAGGAGCAGCCAAGGGAGUGCUCUCAGCAGUGAGGAGGAAUCACUGCACAUUUGCCUUUAUUUUUCUUUUGGUUUUUUUUCAGAAACGUUGCACUUUGAAGAAUGAGGAAACAUUGAGCGUCAGUGCUAAAAUAAAAGGACAUCCUGACAGUUUACAUGUUCCUGAAUGGACAGAUUCAUCUUUGGGAGUUUUUGUACAUCUUUAGUAUGAACUGAGUUUAUGAAACCUUAUUAAAAGAACAUAGACCUGGGAAGAAGAUGCAUUGUUUGCCGUAACGAGGCCGAAACACGCGGCUCAUGCCAGGGAGACAUUUAUAGAAUUAUGCAGCAAGUUUUAUUUUGGAUAAAUGCAUGCUGGGAAACGCUGUCACAUGAUUUUCAGAGUGAGAUAAAUUGCAAAACAUAACUUUAUUUUCUUGUUUAAAAGGAAGCGAGAAGGCUUUUUGUUUGGUGGUGGAUGCUUUAACGUCACCUAACACCAGUCUUUACUACUUCACAACAUUUUGGAGUGUUAUUUGGCUUCUAAACAGAGCUGGCAGUGAAAUCUAAGACUGAAGAUAAACUUCUUGAGUGCUUAGGGCUUGAAAGAGUUUUGAGAAUUUGUUCCUGAAAAGCAGCAAAGAGAGCAGACCAGGGCAAGUCUGUUCAGUCCCUGUGUGUGAAUGUGGAUCUCUUCAUAAUCAGCAUUAGUCCUACUGUUAUCCAAAAAGCUUUCAGUGCUCAUUUCAGCCACGUGUAUUCACAUUUAACUAGAACACAUGAAAGGUUUCUGCUACUCAGCUAACAGUAUUGAGGGAAACAGUACACACUGACCUCACAUUGACCUGUCAUUAACUGUAUUUUAGGAAUAUUUACAGCUGAGAAUGUAGCCAUAACAUCCUCACAAGGUACAAUAUGAUUAACGAUGUUGUGUGACCAGCCUGUACAUUGAUAACAUAUUAUCAUACGGCGGUCACAAACUGAAACCAGAUUGAUUGUGAUCUUCUAUAGAGAGGCCUAAAGGGAGAAUCUGGCAACUCAUGUAUACACUGGGAUUGUGUAUGCACUGUAUUAUUUUAAUGGUAAGUCUUUUUUAAACCUUAGGCCUGGUAUGAAAAUGAACUGAUUUCUCUUCAUAAACUCUGGCUGAAUCUCAAAUGGCUCUCUUCACUGCAUAAUUCAGAAAACGGAUGGCUUUUACAAUAAAAUAGUGCACUAAAUGUCCGGUUAGUAGGUGUGCGGCCUGUGGCUGACUCCCAAAUGUAUCUCUUGGCACUAUUUUGGUGUUGACCUAUGCAGUGCACUAUAUAGGGAGCCAUUUGAGAUUCAGCCAGCUGUUUCCUUCAUUGAUAUGAAAGCCAGUCAUGGAUGGGUCGAUACGUAUUGAAAAUGGACACAUGGUCAGGCAUAGUGGAUAUUAAGAUAUUCAUAGUAAUACUAGGGUGUUAAAGUGGGGCUUUGCUGCGUUGAGUAUUGCAAUGUAAUCUCUUUCCGUGUAGUCACUUUUCAUGUCUUAAUGACAAGUAAGUCAAGGGCUUAAUGUUUGUUAAUGUGUUACUUUGUGAAACUGCUGUAUUUUUUAUGUUUUGGGGAAUGUAAGUAUAGAGAAAUUUAGAAAUCCGGUUGUGUUAAGAUGCUUUAGCUGAUUGAUGUACUUUUUUUCUUUUUCUUUUUUCUUUUUGAACUAACGUUACUGUAACUCUAACAGAUCUAUGAAUGUGUUGCACUACUAUAUUUUUUUUUAUUUUUCUUUAAGAAAGUUUUGAGCUGCAGAGUUUGACCAGAAUAUGAUCUGGUGGAUAAUUCAGUCAGUUAGGUGGAUGGGUUGAUAACUGUAACUGAUAGUUCAGUGGAAUCAGUUGAAUUAAUUGAGAUUUUUCUAUUUAAUUUUAAAUUUGUAAUAAAAAUUGGCCAAUAGGAAAUGUUUUUUCUAAUUUUAUGCCGUUGUUUUUAUGUUGAUUUCUUUUUUUUUUUAGUAAAAACUCUUUGCUGUUUAAAGAGGAUGUAUACACUCUAGGCUUUUUUGGGGUUUGGGGCCUUUUUGGGUUCAUAAAUGUGCAGAAAAAUAGAGUCAAAUUAAACCAUGCAAUUAAAAUAUGAAUAUCAAAAAACAUGCUAUUUAUUUUCAUGUUAACCUGUUACUAAUACUUAACAGUUUCAGUCUUAUUAGUAAUUCUCUUGAACAGCUUUUCAUAAUUAAUUGUGUUUUCAUAGUUAAUUGUGUAAUUUUGCCGCUGACCGUCUGAUUUGUUUGACUGCGUAUUGAUCAACAACAUUCAGAGAUGUUAGCAAUGGAAAAGUGUGAUUGUUAGGUGUUUUUUUUUUGUCCUGUUUUGUUUCUUUAGAGAUAGAUCACAGUUUAUUGACCCACUCCAUAAAGUCAUUAACCUCAGUGAGCCAGUCAGUCAGGCACUGGAGGAGGGAGAUUUUAGAUGCUCAGCUGUGGGAUGGACAGAUAUAUCAUCGCUGUUGGGGCAAAACCUCCACAUUUGUUCUGUUUUUUAUUUAUUUUUUUGUUUAUAUCAUUUUAAAACUCCAGCUUCACAUCACACUGCAUGAAAAUUUCAUGAAUCAAUCAAUAGAAAUGGUCCAAAUGGUAAUAACUUCCAUUGAAAGUUUUAAUUUUUUUCUUUUUAAAGUUAAAAUUUUGAAGAUAACAUUUUGUUCCUACAACACUGAUAUACUUGUGUAACAGAAAGUACGUGUUAAAACUCUCCUCUUCAGACUUACUGUGUUUUUUUUUGUUUUGUUUUUUCUUUAUAAGAACAGGUCUGUGUGUGAAAGUGCUCAGAGUGUCUGUUGUGUAAAAUGAUAAAGCAGGUACUGUAAUCAGCCUUAGAGCUCCUCUGGAAUGCGUACAUUCUGACUGGAGAAUAAACACUAAACAGUUUUGAUGUA